AAUAGCUAGCUGGAUCAGGUAGCAGCUGGGGGGAAAGCUUCAACUAGCUAGAUUAGACUUGUCGAUUGUCACCCAGAUAGCAUAGACGAAGAAACAAUUAGCAGCCUCUUGCUUAGCUCCACUUCGAUUGGUUCUUAAUUACUUUCGUCAAUCGGCCGGCCAGCCGGCCGGAGAGAGAUCUAAAAGAAGAAGAAGAAGAAGAAGAAGAAGAAGAAGAAGAAGAUGGGGAGGGGGAAGAUUGCGAUUGAGAGGAUUGACAACACAACGAACCGUCAGGUGACCUUCUCCAAGCGGCGCGGAGGGCUGAUGAAGAAGGCCCGGGAGCUCGCCAUCCUCUGUGACGCUGAUCUUGCGCUCAUCGUCUUCUCUAGCACCGGUCGCCUCUACGACUUCGCGAGCUCCAGCGGAAUGGAGGCAAUACUAGGGCGGUACCAGGAGGCGAAAGAGGAGCAUUGCGGAGUGUUGAAUCCAACAUCUGAGGCAAAGUUAUGGCAGAGGGAGGUUACAACCCUGAGGCAGCAAGUGCAGAACUUACAACAUAAUAAUAGGCAACUGUUGGGAGAGGAGCUAUCUGGUACCACUGUUCGAGAUCUGCAGUUUUUGGUGAACCAAGUUGAGAUGAGUUUGCACUCCGUAAGAGAGAAGAAGAAUCAAGUUAUGGCUGCCGAGAUCCAAGAACUCAACCAAAAGGGAUUUCUUAUUCAGAAGGAAAAUAUAGACCUUGGUAAGAAGCUGAGCAUUGCUCAUGAGCACAACAUUGAGCUGCAGAAGAAGCUUUCCGGGGCCAUGGCAUCGCGUGAGCAGGGAGCCACUGGAAGCAGCUCCAAAGCUGCUGCCGGGCUAUUGGUGUGUACUAGAGUACGUGAACCAAAUAUCAACCUUGAGUUGCGCCAGCAGGAGCAUGAGGAUGAAUAACAUCUACUACCUCGUCCACUGCAAGCUACCAUGUCAACAAUAUUUUCAGUCUGUGCGUGACGACCGAAGCUCUUUCGUGUGCAAUUUGAAGCAGACACCUGCUUAGAACUAUAUUUUUUGUGGUGCUGUCACAUACAUUGUUAUAUAGCAGCAGCAGAUGUAGUUUGUAUGUGAGUCUAAUUAGUCGAGAUUAACAAGGAUGCAACAGAAGAUCAAGUAUAUUAUGAACAAACAUGUAAACUUAAUUAUGUUUUUGGUUAUUUGUAUAUGUUGAUCACAAUUCAGAACCUAAUUGAUGAGCCUUUUUUGCCGUGGUUCC